AUGAAAAGCUGCAAAUAACCCACCCCCCAUGUAACCGACCCUUUUGUGUUGCCCCAACCCAACUUAGACACGCUCCGAUCCCCAAUUCUCUCACAUCUUCUUCAAUCCCAACACAACACCCCCUUUCUCUUUAGCAACAAACUUAAAAGGAAUCAGUGGCAUUGAGAGGGAGGUGCGUGCGGCGCAUUGUAAAGCAAUCGGAAUCGGAAUCUUUUUUUUCUUUUUUUCUGCUGAAAACGAUUCAUCCGGAAAAAGGGGUUUUAAAAAAGCAAAUCUUUUUUGAUUCUCCAAGUGGGUAUAACUGAAGCGAUGAUAAAAGGGUGUUAUCAUUAGGUUUAUGAAUUGAUAGUGAAAUGUCUGAAUUGGUGGCCCGCACUGGUCGUCAUCAUCAACGUUAUGAGGCCGGUUGCCGUCUCAUCGCAGGGUGCAUUCCCUUCAGGUUUCGGUAUACCGAAGAUAGUAAUGGUAACAAAUCUGAGAAGGUUGUGGAGGUACUGAUGAUCAACUCUACAAGUGGACCUGGUCUUUUGUUCCCCAAGGGUGGAUGGGAAAAUGAUGAAACUGUUGAGGAGGCAGCUGCGCGUGAAGCAUUGGAAGAGGCUGGAGUUCGAGGGGAUUUAAUGCAUUUUCUGGGUCAUUACCAUUUUAAAAGCAAAACGCUACAAGAUGAAUUUAGCCCAGAAGGCAGGUGUCGGGCAUCAAUGUUUGCAUUAUUUGUGAAAGAAGAAUUGGAGUCCUGGCCCGAACAGAGUCGCCGGGUCAGAAGUUGGGUCACAAUUCCCGAAGCGGUUCAAUGUUGCAGGCACUCAUGGAUGCGGGAGGCUCUAGAAACUGGGUUCAACAAAUGGAAUGAUGAUGGUAUGGUUCGAACCAUGAAGGCUACAAAUAACCAAUUGGAUGCUUGUGAUGGUGACAACAACACUAUCUAGAUCCUAUAUAGGUGCACCAAGUGAAAGAAAAAAAAAUGAUUUUGAUGCUUUCCGUUCUUAAUUACAACUUUCUUGUUUUAGAUGUCAAGAAGGUACAUUGCAGUUUGUACUGAUUUAACUGUUUGGGUGAAUUUUAUGAGUUUAAGACUAGUUAACAGUUGAAAAUCUCGACUAUCCUUUUGUUC